GCCCAGCGUGGUCAUGUGACCGGAAGUAACUUCGCCAGCAGGAAUGUGCUAAAGGAAUUAUUCAAAAACAGGCGAUCUAAUGUUAUUUACUGAUCAGUUCAACUCGUCGUAACUAGUCGCGUGAGUUAAUACUUCUGUCCGGUCCAGGAAAGCAGACGAUUUUUGGUUUUGCGCUGUCAGUAUAGAUACAUGGGAACCGUCAAGGAUCUAGUGCUGUUUGAAAAUGAAACCAUGGAAGACACCAUUGGGCAUGAGAAAUCGGUACAGACCGAUGGCGUCGCAUCGGACAUCAUCACAUUGGCUGACGCCGGCGUCAACGUAGCGGACGACUGGGAGGAGCAGCUGGCGACCAUGUUAGAGUGCGGUGACGCGCUCGAGGAAGAGCACAGCAUCUUGGUCAAGCAGUGGCAGCGUGAGGAUGCUGAGCGACCAAAGUACACAGCGCAGCUGCAAAAGAAGAAGGUUGAGACCACCCAGCAGCAUCAGGUUCUGCUAGAGAGGCUUGACACACUGCGGGUGAAGCUGCAGCUCAACAACUCCAAAAGCACGCGCAAGAACUUCUUGUCCAAGAAGCAGGAAGCCUGUGCUGAGAAAAGCCGUGCAAAGGACGAUAGGGACAGGCUGUCCAAGGAUCUGCAGGAGAGUGCUGCUAAGCUAGCUGCUCAAACGCAGGAGCUAGAUGAGGAGCAGCGACGCUGUCAGGGAGAGCUGGACGAACUGAAGGAGGAGAUGGACAGAAUAAGGCAGGAGGCCAAAGACGCUGAGAGCCACGCCUUGCAAGACCAGGUCAACGCUGUGGAGACACAGAGAGACGUCGCCAUGGAGCGUAUACAGGCCUGGCUUGCAGAGGUGUCCGAGUACGUGUUGUCACUCCGACAACAGGAAAAGGCUAGCUGGGCAACCAAGGAAGCAGCAGUGCGAAGGAACCAGGCAGAGCUGGAAACGCGAUUUGAGGAGGUCCUGGCACAGUUGCAGGAAGGACGCGAGUUGGAGUCUCUCCCACGCAUCAACGUGCCGGCACUGCCUCACAUACCAAAAGCUGACCUGACGUUCAGACAGAUGAUGACAUCACUAAAUCCUAUGCCGCCACCACCCCAGCGAAUGCCUCAGUACCGCAUGCCACCGCCCCCUCAGCCUCACCUGCGCCACUACCCACUCCACCCGCAGCGCCCCCCACCGUCCCACGCCAGAUCGACCCCGCCCCUCAGCCCCUACCCGACGCCGCCCGCCAACCCGUCAACUUCUUCCAGCCGCUUGGCCGAGGUCCUUGACAAGCUGGGGACGCGUUUCCCACAAUGCAGCAGGGCGGAGCUGACGUCUCUGCUGCAGCAAGUGAAAAGCGCCCGCGGGACCCUGGCAGGCAUGUCAGUAGAGCAAUUGGGCGAUCUCGUGGGCCUGGCGCUGCCACAGACAGCCCAAGGCGCCGGGUCCCGCAAAUUGUGCAUGAUGUGCCAGAAGGCCGUGGAUUCCAAAAGCCGCCACCUGUUUCCUUGCGCUCACACCAUUCACAAGGACUGCAUCCGCGACUGGAUUCAGACCAGCGGGAACAACUUGUGCCCCUUCUGUCCCACUAGGUGAGUGUGUUAACGGUUGUUAUCUUAGCAUCUCAAUAUUUCUUGGAAGACCGUUUUUUUUUUCCUUAAUGUUCAACAGUCAUCAAUUUUGAUGUUUUUUUCCCAUUAAAAUCAUUUGAAGAUCA